ACAGCAUAUUAGGAUUUGGGGGACUCGGAAAAAUACAAUCGAAGGCUGUUUAAAAAAAAAUCAUGUAUGCUAUUGGAAUAAAGAUCAAUAAGUUAGACCAAGGUGAACAAAACUCACAGAUGGUUUGCAGAAAUAUACCAGGAGUGUCUUCUUGACACAUAAAAAAGAAGAGCCAUUAUAACAGUGAAAGUACCAAAACAGACUCAUAGAAUCAUUUAGGUUGGAAAAGGCCCUUAAGAUCAUCGAGUCCAACUGUUAACCCAGCAUUGCCAAGUCUGCCACUAAACCAUGUCCCCAGAUGCCACAUCUACACAGCUUUUAAAUGCCUCUAGGGAUGACAACUUCACCACUUCCCUGGGCAGGCUGUUCCAGUGCCUGGCAACCCUUUGGGUGACAACCCAGUUGUCACAGAAUGUAUAAUUAGGCUAACAUAAUUUCAUAUUGUGGAGGUCACCAGCCUUGAUGUGGAGAAAAAUCUAAAGAUCUGUAAUGGUAAAAACACAGAAUGUAUGGAAAGGGAUCUAAGGAUUCAAUCUUAAGUUUAGGCUCAGUUUUAAUUUUUAAAAUGUAGAUUCAAAUUUGAUUUUUUUUUAUUCUCUAUGUGCCCUCUGCAGGCUCUAUUGUACCUUUCUCCAAAGCACCUUGUGCUAACCACUUGUGGAAAGAGAAGCUGGGCCUAGCUGGGCUCUGCUCUCAGUUGUUGGCUGUCACCUUGGCUCUCACUCCUCUCUAGGGACUACAUGAAGGUGUCCCCAGUCCUUAAUUUGGAGGGCUGGUUUCUUUAGCAAAGCACAGGAUGUAGUGUGGGCUAAUUAAUUUUAUCUUUUAACAAAGCAAAUGAGCUUUGUUCAAAGCUCACAGACUCUCCUGUGUAGUGCCACAGCUGUCCCACCUCUGGCCACCUGUGUGCCAGGUUAUCCCACUCUGCACUUCCCACUGACGUUUAGCAUCAUUUCACUUUUUCAUUCCCUGUUCCAGAUUGGGUUGUAAUAGCACUUGACACUUUUUAUUGCUUUUUUUGCCCCCCAAAGAUCUUCAGCCUUGACCUUGGGGGAAUAUCAGCCGUUGUGCUGAAUGGCUACGAUGCAGUGAAGGAAUGCCUUGUCCAUCAAAGUGAAAUUUUUGCAGACAGGCCAUCUCUUCCCUUGUUCAAGAAACUGACAAACAUGGGAGGAAGCCUCAGUCACCUCGACAUUUCGUAGAUGCAUAUUUAGAUGAGAUGGAUUGCAAUGGAAACGACCCAGGAUCUACAUAUUCAAGAGAAAAUUUAAUUUUCUCCGUUGGAGAACUCAUCAUAGCUGGGACAGAAACCACUACAAAUGUUUUAAGAUGGGCAGUGUUAUUUAUGGCUCUUUACCCAAACAUUCAAGGGCAAGUUCAGAAAGAAAUUGAUCUUGUCAUUGGCCCAAACAAAAUGCCCACCUUGGAAGAGAAGUGCAAGAUGCCCUACACGGAGGCUGUUCUGCACGAGGUGCUGAGGUUCUGUAACAUAGCCCCACUGGGGAUUUUCCAUGCCACUUCCAAAGACACUGUUGUGCGUGGCUACACCAUUCCUGGAGGCACCACAGUCAUCACCAACCUCUACUCUGUCCACUUUGAUGAAAAAUACUGGAGCAAUCCAGAAGUGUUUUUUCCUGAGAGGUUUUUGGACAGCAGUGGGCAGUUUGUCAAGAAAGAUGCGUUCAUUCCUUUUUCCCUAGGAAGAAGACAUUGCCUUGGAGAACAGCUGGCUCGAAUGGAAAUGUUUAUUUUCUUCACCUCGUUGCUCCAACGGUUCCACCUGCAUUUCCCUCAUGGAGUGAUCCCAGAGCUGAAGCCCAGGCUGGGGAUGACCCUGCAGCCCCAGCCGUACCUGGUCUGCGCCGAAAGGCGGUGAAGGGCAGGGCUGGGCUGGCCAGGUGCAGCACAGUGCUCCAAGCUGCAGCUCAGCACACACUUUGCCUUCCAUGCCUAAACGUGUUCAAGCCAGAAAAACAAAAAUUUAAAGGACUGAUAGUUUUUUUUUUAACUUGGAUUUCACAGGAAAAAAAGAAAUGGAACCCAAGGUGUGGAACACAUCCUGAUGUUUUCACUCCAGAAGACUGUGUUGACUCCAACUUCUGAUACAGUUUUUAAAUAUUUCAUUACUUAGCAAGCCAUUUUACUUUGAGAGGGUAUUUUCAUAAGCAUGGAGAGUAUGGUUCAAUAUGUUUAUGCUUGAAUUCAUCCAUGGAAAUAUCAUUUACAUAAUUCCAGCUAAGCCAUCCUUUAUAAUUACCCAUUAAAUUUUCAUAGCUAAAGGGACAUUAAAAAGUAUCUAUUUAAAUAUCUGUAACCAAUAAACUAUAUUUUCUAUAAACUAUA